CCAUUUAUUUAUAUUACCGAAAGCUGGAAUCUUUUGUCGAUUCUGCUCGUUUUGCAGCUACUUGUGCGCAUUCCACCUAUUCUUUUUUAAGAAUCUGCUUGUAUUUUCACAUCUGUGCUGGUUGUGCAGGGUGAUGUGUGUGCUUCCGCGUUGUUCGCGGAAGCUGGAAGAGGUUUCUCGUUCGCGGCAUGGAGGUGUUGUUCAUCAGCUUGAGUGUUAGGAACUGGGUAGCUUCAUGGGUUGUGUGAGAGUCUGUGAAGUGUUCCAGGGCUCGGAUAUGGCAGCAAGUGAUCCACGUUGGGUCGAGUCGGUCGCAUCCCUGAACUGGGUUUGGUUACCAACCGGCACGAAUGAUGGGCAUUUUGCAACGAUUUUGUAUCUUCAUCUCUCGGAGAAGCUCCUCCGAAGCUGGAUCUGCCUCUUCCAACAGCUAGAUUCAGAAGUUCGUAAGUCGCUGCUGCUUCCGUCAAGAGGGAUAGGAGUUUUGGGGUGGACCGUGCUUGCACUUCACCAGAUUGAGUCCUUCACGCCCAUGUCAAUAUCAGAACUGAAAUCUCAGUUGAGACAAAUGUGUCGAUACGCUUCCCGUCAUGAAGUCCGGUUGCUUCUGGUGUCCACCUUGCUCAUGUUGUCCGUCGAAAUUCAGACAGCGAAUGCGCAGCAAUCCUACAACAACCGCAGCGGAUACGCAUGCACAGGGCGCCCAACAUGUGAAACGUAUGCGCUUUACAGAACACAGGGGAGUCAAUCAUUGCAAUCCAUAGCCACGCUUUUCAAUACUACUGCGGCAGAAAUUGCGAACGCAAGUGACAUCAACCCCGCGAACAGUACGAACCUGCUGAGCGAUCUCACUCCACUCUACAUCCCUCUAUCCUGUGGAUGUGCUGGUGGUAUAUACCAAGCGCCUACGUCUAAUGUGGUUGAAGCUGGCGAGACGAUGUAUAUUAUUUCCAACAAGACUUAUCAAGGCCUGACCACUGAUGAAGCGAUUGCAGCCGCAAACCCUACGGUGGUGCCCACGGAAAUGCAACCAGGUCAGGUGCUCAAAAUCCCCUUGCGGUGCGCUUGUCCAUCAACUGCGCAGCGGGGAAAUAACUCCACGCUUUUGCUCACUUAUGCGAUCUUCCCAGACGAGAUUUUGGAUGUCAUCGGCAGUCGGUUUGGUCUUACGGCUUCAGAAUUACAAUUUGCAAAUAACGUGACUGACCCAACUUCCCUUUUAGCGUUUACCACUUUGCUUAUCCCACUUGUGUCACUCACACCUUUGUCUUCGAUCCUCUUUCCAAGCCCCCAACCCCCCCCUGCAAUUUCUCCUUCUCUUGCCCCAGCCCCUACUCUUGCCACUCCUGUUGUUUCCAAGGAUCCCUCCAAUACGCCAUUGUACAUCGGCGUCGCCGUUGGCGCCGUGGGGAUGGCUAUGGCUGCGAUCAUGGCGUGUGUGUUAUGUGCAACUGUUCGCCGUCACAAGAGGACAACUAACAACAGAGGAGAAUUGGAUGAGACCAGCAGCGUGGUCAAGCCUCCUGCUGUGGGAUUGGACACUACGAACUCAAGCUUCGUUCUUAGCAUGUCGGAUGUCGUGGGCUCCGACAAGCCUGUCAAAUUCUCAUACGAAGAGUUGCUCGCCGCCACUAACCGUUUCAGCGAGGACCACAAGAUCCAGGGCUCGGUUUACAUGGGAAAGUUGAACGGAUUGUUUGUGGCUAUCAAGCAAAUGAAAGGAAACAUGUCGAAUGAGCUGAAGAUUUUGUCCCAGGUCCACCAUGGCAACGUGGUGAGGCUGGUCGGAAUGUGCGCUAGCUCUUCGGAAAACUUGUAUCUCGUGUACGAGUAUGCUGAUAACGGCUCACUCAGCGACUGCCUCCACUACCAGAUGGCAUAUCCAAGCUCCAGCUUCUCGAGAAGUGUUAGAUUGCUGUCUUGGAAGCUACGCGUUCAAAUUGCACUAGACGUUGCCUCUGGCCUCGAGUACUUGCAUAACUAUACCAACCCUAGUUUGGUGCACAAGGAUGUGAAGAGCAGCAACAUUCUGCUCGACAGGAAUUUCCGUGCGAAGGUGGCCAACUUCGGAAUGGCACAGUCUGCCGUACAGAACGGCACUGGCCCCAUUAUGACCGAGCACAUCGUCGGCACACAGGGGUACAUGGCUCCGGAGUAUCUAGAGCACGGGCUGGUGACAACCAAGGCCGAUGUAUUCUCCUUCGGAGUGGUGCUUCUGGAAAUUUUGUCUGGAAGAGAAGCCACGUUCAGGGACCAAACCACUAGAGUAUGCACUCCUCUCUCGUCCACUAUCUUCGAAGUGCUCAGUGGCAGCGACCAGAUGUCGAAGCUUCAAGCGUGGAUGGACACUCGUUUACAAGUCAAUGCUUACCCUCGUGACAUAGCCUUCAAUAUGGCCAGCUUGGCCAAAAGCUGUGUGGAGACUGAUCCAGCUCUGCGACCCGACAUGAAGGACUGCAGCUUUGCGAUGUCGAAGAUUUGUCAGGCAUCUCUGGAGUGGGAUUCCUCCACACGUUGUACAGGUGCCUUCAUCGAAGCUCGGUGAUCAGCGAUGGAAUGGUGUGUCUUUCGGCACUCACUGCAAAAGCGUGUGUAGUGCUCGUCCAUCCUGAGCAGAUUGUUUUUAGAAGAGAGCUCUUUGUAACUGCUAUCAUGGGGAGUUGGGUCGCGGUUUUUUGUAGCGGCGCCGCGUUCUUCGGUCUGCGAUGGGACCCCUCAAUAUAGGUGCAAUACCUGAUUUUUUCUGUACUGGAAAUUUUCAGGGGAAGACAUACCCAAUUUUUGUAAAUUAAAGGAUCACCCAAAUCCUUGAAUUCUUUGUGCAUCAUCACUGGUGUUGAACUACGCCUUCCAGGUUGGCGAGCAUUAGAAGAAACACAUAUACACUGUCAAAAUGUUGACUUAUCAUCAAUCGAUGUCGGAGUUUUGAUCUUUGUAAGCAUUUUGACUUCAAUGUCGGUGUUGACACGUGAUAAGCACCGAGCUUACCAUUAUAUCUUUAUUUCACUUGCAUUGUGUUGGAGUCAGCCAAUCCCAUUUUCCUACAGUAAAAGUGUGUUUGUACUGUAUACAUAAUAUUUAAUAUUUUUUGUGCAACGA